AUGACAUCAACUUUAAAGCCCGAGGAUAAGCUGAAAUCCGGCCACCGGCUUUCUCAUCCAGAGCCUGGUGAUGAAGUCUAUAUCACCGGUAUAUCGGGUUCCUUUCCCGACUCUGACUCUGUUCUACAUCUGCAAGAAAAUUUAUUCAAUAAGGUCGACAUGGUGUCUGAUAACGAUAAACGCUGGAAGCUAGCGCAUCAUCCAAAUAUUCCACACCGUACGGGCAAAGUCAACAACGUUCACAAAUUCGACGCAACUUUUUUCCGCAUACAUUAUAAACAAGCUCACACCAUGGAUCCAAUGGGCAGAAUAUUGCUUGAGAAGGCUUAUGAGGCCAUCGUUGAUGCUGGUGAGUAAAAUAAAGUUUAACUUAAAACGAAAAAAUCAGAUCAUGUUGACCAGUGCGAGUUUGUCUUUAAAACUAUAGAAUAGUAUUCGUUAAAACGAAAACUAUUUGAUUUAUUCUCAUCAUCAUCAUCAGCGCUUUUACUGGCCAAAUGCGGAUUGGAGCGUAUCAAUGACUUAACGUGCCUUCCGAAGGACGAAGUAGCCCGAAUGAAAAAGUAAAAAUAAUUCAGAAAGGACAACACAUUUUCAAGAUUUAUUGAAGUCAUUAUAAUAUGGAGUAGUAUGAUAUGCAGAUGGCUCGACGUAAAUUUAACUCUACUCAAUUUAUUUAUGGUCCACAGGAAUAAACCCUAG